GCACAACCCCCAAAACUCUCCAUAUCCCUUUUCUUCCACAUCCUUUCUGGUAAAACAGUACUUGAACAGUCUCUCUCUCUAAUUAUCUAUCUUCUCUCUCUUUGUGAUUUUCUCCUUCGCUAUUUCCGAUUUCUCUCUCUCUCACCUAACCCUAAUUAUUCCACCUGAAAUUCGUCUACGAUCCGGCGAUGAGCUCGGAGGAAGCCAAAGUCGUCGUUCCAAGGAAUUUUAGAUUGUUGGAAGAGCUUGAAAGAGGUGAGAAAGGUAUCGGAGAUGGUACGGUAAGCUAUGGAAUGGACGAUGCUGAUGAUAUUUAUAUGCAAUCCUGGACUGGCACCAUUCUUGGCCCUCAUAAUACUGCAUACGAAGGGAAAAUCUUCCAGCUGAAGCUGUUCUGUGGAAAGGAUUACCCAGAAAGUCCACCAAGUGUGAGGUUCCAGACCCGGAUAAACAUGGCUUGUGUCAACCCUGAAUCUGGCGUGGUUGAACCGAGUCUCUUCCCUAUGCUCACUAACUGGCGGCGAGAAUACACAAUGGAGGACAUUCUGGUUAAGCUGAAAAAAGAAAUGAUGACUUCGCAUAACCGGAAGUUAGUUCAACCCCCGGAAGGUACCGAGGAAGCUAGGGCGGAUCCAAAGGGACCAGCAAAAUGUUGUGUGAUGUGAAGAGAGGUUGUGGCGAAUCCAGCAAUUUGUAUUAAUAGAAAGGACAAUGUAUAUAAACAUCAUUUGAAGCUUUUGAUAUUUCCUACAACUUAAUGUUAUAGUGUUGUUUGAGAUUAUCUAUAUAUAUAUGUCCACCAAAAACAGGUGAUUAUGAUCCCAAUAAACCACUUCUCUUCUUUCUCUUA